CUCUUCCUUCAACUUCAUCCACACAGUGCCAUUUUCAAGCCAUUCGUUUCUAGAUUGGAGUGAAGCUGCUGUGAAUUUUUUAUCCAAGAUGAAGGAGAAAAAGAUGGCUCCCUUGGAGCCCUCAUCCCUCCUUCUUGUCCAUGUCGCUCCCCAACGACAGCGAUAUCCCCACAAUACCUUUCGUCGUAUCCUCGGAUUACUUCUGUCCAUCGCCCUCGUUCUAUUCCUGGUCCCGGAUUCCUUCUGGUCCUAUGUCCCUGGUUCUCGCUCAAUUCCACACUCAUCAUGGCCUCAGGGCUACGGCCUUUCCUACGAACAGCUGCAAGCGAUUCUUACGAGCACCCCAUCCGCGGCCAAGGCACGUGAAUGGAGCUCGUACUACACAGCAGGCCCUCACCUCGCUGGCAAGAAUUUGAGCCAGGCGCUCUGGACUCGCGAGAAAUGGCAGGAAUUUGGUGUCGAGGAUACCAUUAUCGAGACCUACGAGACCUACCUCAAUUACCCGGUGGACCAUCGCUUAGCACUACUGAAGAAGACCGAGACUGGCUCCACUGAGGUCACCUUUGAGGCGUCGUUGGAGGAAGAUGUACUCGAGGAGGACCAUACCAGCGGUCUUCCCGAUCGUGUGCCUACUUUUCACGGCUACUCGGCUAGCGGGAAUGUUACUGCUCCGUUUGUUUAUGCCAACUUUGGCACGUUCGAUGACUUUGAAGACCUUGUCAAGGCAAACGUUAAUCUUGAAGGAAAGAUUGCGAUUGUCAAGUAUGGUCGCAUCUUCCGUGGAUUGAAGGUGAAGCGGGCGCAGGAGCUCGGUAUUAUCGGUGUGAUCAUGUACGAUGACCCGCAGGAGGAUGGCGAAAUCACCGAGGAAAAUGGCUACAAGGCGUAUCCCGAUGGUCCCGCCCGGAACCCCAGUGCCGUGCAAAGAGGAAGCACGCAGUUCUUGAGUUUUGCCCCUGGUGAUCCAACCACGCCUGGAUACCCAUCCAAGCCCGGCUGUGAACGUCAGGACCCGCAUGAAUUUAUUCCGUCGAUUCCCUCCCUCCCAGUCUCUUACAAGGAAGUGCUGCCUCUCCUGAAGGCUCUCAAUGGUCAUGGCCCUAAGGCGUCGGACUUCAACCAAUGGUGGCAGGGUGGUAGACUUGGUUACAAGGGCGUUGAAUACAACAUCGGACCUACUCCGGAAGAUGUGGUUAUCAAUCUCUACAACCAGCAGGAAUACGUGACGACUCCGUUGUGGAACGUUAUCGGUACUAUUAAGGGUAUUAUUCCGGAUGAGGUCGUUGUUCUGGGCAACCAUCGUGAUGCUUGGAUUGCAGGUGGAGCUGUAGACCCGAACAGUGGCUCUGCCGUCCUCAACGAGGUGGUCCGCAGCUUUGGCGAAGCUCUCAAGGCAGGAUGGAAGCCUCUGCGGACGAUCGUCUUUGCCAGCUGGGAUGGCGAGGAGUACGGACUGCUGGGCUCGACCGAGUGGGUGGAGGACAAGCUUCCCUGGCUCUCGAGGACGAAUGUCGCAUACCUCAACGUGGACUCUGCUGCUAGUGGCACUCAUUUCUCUCCACGGGCAAGCCCGCUGUUGAACGAUGUCAUCUACGAAGUCACUGGACUGGUCCAGUCGCCCAACCAGACCGUUGAAGGCCAGACUAUCCGAGACGUCUGGGAUGGUAAGAUUGCAACCAUGGGUAGCGGAAGUGACUUCACUGCGUUCCAGGACUUUGCUGGUGUUGCCAGUUAUGAUCUGGGCUUCGGUCGUGGACCAAAUGACCCAGUUUAUCACUACCACUCCGACUACGACAGUUUCGACUGGAUGGACCGCUUUGGAGACUCCGACUGGCUCUAUCACGAAGCUACCACCAAGCUGUGGGCGCUGUCUGCUGCCAAGAUCGUCGAAACUCCUGUCCUGUCUCUCAAUGCCAAGGAAUACUCGCUUGGCUUACAGACAUAUCUUGAAGCGGCCAAGAAGACUGUAAAGAACCUGCCGGCUAGUGCAGACUUUGACUUUGAGUCACUGGAUGACGCCAUCGCACAAUUCCAGGCCGUUGCCGCCGCGUUUGACGCGUACGCUGAGGAGCUGUCUUCCAAGAUUGACGAGGAUCUCCCCUGGUAUCUGUUGUGGAAGAAGGUGCAGCUGUUCUUGCAGAUCCGUGCUGUGAACAGCAAGUACAGAGAUAUUGAGCAUCAAUUCCUGUACCAGCCGGGACUUGAUGGACGGAACUGGUACAAGCACGUCGUGUUCGCGCCUGGUCUUUGGACUGGAUAUGCGGGCUCGACAUAUCCUAGUUUGACCGAGAGCUUGGAGGCGGGAGAUGUGGCCAAUGCAAGGAAAUGGAGCUUCAUCAUUGAGACACGGAUUCAGGCCGCCACCGAGCUGUUGCAGUAGAACACUCGGGCCAAUGCUCUUUCCUGAUGUAAAUGUGGAACGAAUCAAACGAUGGAUAGCACGCAUCCCCCUCGCGUCCAGUCUCUUGGGCACCUGGGAUUUUGGUUAUGAUUAGCUGGAAAUAGCAUCAAUCAAUCAUUUUGGUUUUUU